AUGGAUGAUUUGGCGUUACUUGAUCUACUGGAGUGUCCCGUGUGUUUUGAAAAGCUAGAUGUCACAGCCAAAGUCCUCCCCUGCCAGCACACCUUUUGUAAACCAUGUCUACAGAGGAUAUUCAAAGCGCGCAAGGAGCUGAGGUGCCCUGAAUGCAGGACCCUUGUCUUCUGCAGUAUUGAGGAGCUCCCAGCCAACUUGCUCUUGGUGCGGCUCCUGGAUGGCGUCCGAUCAGGUCAGAACAUGGUGCGAGUGGGCUCUAUUCGGAGACCUGGUGUACUGACCUCUCAGGACCCAAGCAGGAAAAACAGGACAGAUCCCAGAGGUUCACUGCCUAGUCCAUAUCGACUGACUCCGAAUGUCAGAAUCCACAUGGAUGGGGUGCCAAGAGCAAAAGCCCUAUGCAAUUACAGAGGGCAGAACCCAAGUGACCUGAGGUUCAACAAGGGAGAUAUCAUCCUCCUUCGAAGACAGCUUGAUGAGAACUGGUACCAGGGAGAGAUUAACGGCAUCAGUGGGAUCUUCCCCACCACUUCAGUGGAGGUCAUUAAGCAACUUCCACAACCUCCCCCUCUCUGUCGGGCUCUUUACAAUUUUGACUUGAGAGAUAAGGACAAAAGUGAGAACCAAGACUGUCUGACUUUCCUUAAGGAUGAUGUUAUCACCGUGAUUAGCAGAGUUGAUGAGAAUUGGGCGGAAGGCAAAUUAGGAGAUAAAGUCGGCAUCUUCCCCAUCUUGUUUGUAGAGCCAAACCUCACUGCAAGACAUCUGCUGGAAAAGGGCAAAAACCAUCGAUCCUCUCAUAUAAAGACCAUGUCCCUAAGAACCUCUUCUCCUAGGAGCAAAGUGGCAGAAUCACCAACCUUCCAUCGGAUCACAGAAUCCAGGAGGAAGAACCCAAGACAAUUUUCCAUCAUGACAGCCUUGAACACACUCAAUAGAAUGGUUCAUUCACCCACAGGGCAACAGAUGGUAGAAAUCAGCUCCCCUGUGCUCAUCAGCUCCAGUAAUCCUGUGGCAGCACAGAAUUUUGAGAAAGUAGAACUCCCACCCAACAGCCCUGUCCAGGAACAUCCUGCUGUGGUUCCAUGCUCUCUUGGGAAUUCACAGUGUUCUCUGCCUUAUGAGGUCAGCACUUAUUACAACCCAUCUGGAUCUCUGGGACACUCCACAGCAAUUGUCAACCUUCCUUAUUCCCAGCAACAUAUAUCAGCUAAUAUGUUUGUUGCUCUGCACUCUUAUUCAGCCCAUGGACCAGAGGAAUUAGAUCUUCAAAAAGGAGAAGGCAUCCGGGUCCUUGGAAAGUACCAUGAAGGCUGGCUUAAGGGUGUGUCCUUGGUCACUGGAAGAGUUGGAAUCUUCCCACACAACUAUGUCGUUCCUAUUUUCAGGAAGACAUCUAGUUUUCCAGAUUCUCGGACUCCUGCUCUCUAUGCCACGUGGACAUUAUCCACCUCCUCAGUUUCAUCUCAAGGGAGCAUCUCAGACAAUGAUCCCAGACAAGGCCAUCCCUUUAAGUCAGUCUUUGUGCCAACAGCUGUAGUCAGUCCAGUGAGGAACACAGGUGGACCAGGAGCCUUUGGACAGACCUCUCUUCGGAAAGUGCGGAACAGCAUGAGAAAAAAUGGAUCACUUCAGAGACCCCCCUUCUCUGGGUCCCCGACUAUCGCUGGCUCUCUACGGCGGACCCCGUCAGUUUCAGUUCGACCUCAACCAUUCCCAUCUUAUCAGUCAAAAUCCAUCCCUCCACCAUCUAUAACUGCUACUGUGGUUGAUGCUGGUACGAGGCCUUCUUCAACUAGCGAAUCUACAAUCAUUUUUGGAAGCAGAGGCACUGAUAGCAGAGUCCAUUCAGCUGCCAACUCCAUCAUUGUAGAAUCCAAAGAAGCCCCAGUCAAGAGUGAACCUCCUAUAAAGCCACCUGCAUCGGCUCCACCAUCCAUCCUAGUGAAACCAGAGAACUCCAAAACUGGUGCUGAAAAGCAAGUCAAAACAGUGCGAUUUCAGAACUACAGCCCUCCUCCACCCAAACACCACAACUUCCAUUCCACCUCUGGCAAACAUGAGCCAGGAAUUAUCUCCAAAGGAUCCCAAGCAGAAACAGGCCAUUUAUGCCAAGAGAUGACAUCCUUAUUUGUCCAUCGAAGUGGCUCUCAUUCAGGCCAACACAUAGAGCACAGGAGAAAAUCAAAGUAUGCCAAGUCCAUGUCUCCAACAGUCCCCACCUCUGACAUGUCAACCAUCAUACCAAGCAAGUGAAUCUCUGCUAUGGCUAUAUCUAAAGCCAAAAGAGGUGAAAAAUACUUAAACACUUUGUCUCCAUGGUGCACCCCUGAUUUGUCUUGUGGCUAGAGCUGUGCUUCAGGAAAAUCAUUUUGGUGAUAGGGAGUAGUUCACAAUGGCUGUUAGGGAAGGAGGAGUGUAUAGUUUGCAGAGGGGGAAGGAAGAAGCAAAUAAAUUUAACCCUGAAGGUAGGUAGAAAAUGGAAGGAGAUAAAGGAAGUGAUGCAGGCCCUGUCAGACAGGUGAAGAGUCUUGUUAAACUGUUAAACUAAUGCGGAGGCUAAAUCUGAUAAUCCAAAUUAUUGAGCCAGGGAAACACGGUGAAGGCUUUAUUAACAGGUUUAAUUAUUAUCAUUUAGCAUUUAUUGAGCCCUAAACACUUUGGGUGCUUGGUAAAGUGUCAUUUGAGGGUGAAUCUGGGUGCCAUGAAGAACAUAGAAUUAAAACAGCCCCUGCCCAUUAGACUCACCGUGUAAAUUAGCCCUUGGAGAUUUUGUGAUCAGAAACACCCUAUAAGUUUGAGAGUAUUUGCUUACUGUACCCAAACAUGCAUUUAACAAGUUGAGAUCCAGAGAUAUUUCCAGAUCCUGAACAGGCAGGGCCAGGAUAAUCAUUUUCUCAGAGAGGAGACACCUAAAAUGUGUCCAAGACGAAGGCCUUUCCUCAACAGCUGGCUAUGGGCUGUUGCUUGCCCCACCCUGAGACAACUUAGGAGGAAAAAAAAAAAAGAACAAAACAGAACACCUAAAUCCUCUGCCAUUUUGGCUUGCAUCACA